CAGCUCCUCCUUACUGCCUCUCCCCAUUUCCGGGUGGGUCCUGGCCCCCAGCCCUUAUCUCCUCCAGCCCCUGGGGUGUUUACAGAGCAGUUAUAAAGAGGCUGACCCAGCAGAGAGUGAAGGGGAACUACAAGGCACAGGAAAACAGCAGCGCCGAACCGGUCUGGGUGUCUGCUUGGCUCACCAGAGACCUGCUCUGCACUAUGGUGAAGGACAAUCUGCCCAGCAAACCAAGCAUCCUGCUCCUUCUCCUCUUCUUCCUCCCUGGAUAUUCCUCUCCCAGCACUGAACCGCAGUACAUGGUGCUGCUGCCCUUCCUGAUCCACACUGACUCUCCUGAGAAAGUCUGUGUUCAGCUGAGCCACCUGAACGAGUCUGUGACGCUGAGUGCCACGCUGGAGUACCAGGGGGAAAACAGGAGCUUGAUUGAUGAUGUUGUGGCAGAGAAGGACAUCUUCACCUGCAUCCCUUUCUCUCUUCCAAGAUCGAACAUCACAUCGGUGGCAUUUGUCACUGUGGCGGUGCAGGGGGCGACGCUGCAGUUCAGGAGCCGCAAGUCCGUGCUGGUCCAGCACUACGAGAGCUUGGUCUUCAUCCAGACAGACAAACCCAUCUACAAGCCUGGACAGACAGUUCUGUUUCGGAUCAUCUCCCUGGACAAAGACUUCUACCCGCUGAAUGAGAAGUUUCCAUUUGUCUAUGUUCAGGAUCCCCAGAGGAAUCGUGUGUACCAGUGGCAAGGAGUGGAACUAGAGACUGGCCUUACACAGCUCUCCUUCCCCCUCACCUCAGACCCCAUCCAAGGCUCCUACAAAAUAGUUGUGCAGAAGAGUUUCUCAUCUCAUGUGGAGCACUCCUUCAGCGUGGAGGAAUAUGUGCUGCCUAAGUACGAAGUCCUGGUGAAGAUGCCCAAGGUGAUCACUAUUAAGGACAAGGAACUUCCAGUGUCCGUCUGUGGUCUGUACACCUAUGGGAAACCUGUUCCUGGUUUGGUGAAUGUCCAAGUGUGCCGGAAAUUUUCCCAUUCUGCUUCAAAUUGUUAUGGAAAAGAAGCAGAAGCUGUAUGUGAAGAAUUCACUAGGCAGGCAGAUGCUCGUGGUUGUGUUUCUGCUGUAGUAAAGACCAAGAUAUUUCAGCUCCAGCGCAGGGGAUACGAGAUGAGCAUUGAGGUACAAGGCAAGAUCACAGAAGAUGGCACAGGAACAGAGAUGAUUGGAACAGGCUCUUGUGGAAUCACAUCCAUCAUGAGCAAAAUCAGCUUUGACCUUCUGGACUCUCAGUACAGACCAGGAAUCCCACUCUUUGGGAGGGUGAAACUGGUAGAUGGCACCAACGCUCCAAUUGCCAAUGAAACCAUCACAAUUUCUGUGGAUGGAGACAGAUACAAAGGGAAUUACACCACAGAUGAGCAGGGACAAUCCUGGUUUUCCAUAGACACUACCACCUUCACAGAAGCCUCCCUGGAAAUCCAAGCUGACCAUAACCCUGAGCUGAACUGCUAUGACAGUGAAUGGAUCACGCCUUCAUACGAACAUGCCUUGCGUAGGGUCAGCCGGUUCUAUUCCCCCAGCAAGAGCUUCCUCAAAAUUGAGCCCAAACCUGAGACAUUGAGUUGUGGCUCCACCACAGAGAUCCAUGUACACUAUAUCCUUACUCCAGAGGCCAUAGAAGAGCAGAGGAAGAUCGUGAUUUACUAUUUGGUGAUGGCCAAGGGAGACAUUGCAUUAGCAAACACCUAUAAUCUGACAGUGACUCCUGGAGAUGCUUAUGGGACAUUUCAGUUGAUCUUCCCUGUUGAGGCAGCAAUUGCCCCUCUGGCACGAAUGCUUGUGUAUGCCACUUUGCCCAGCGGGGAGGUCAUUGCCAGUUCAGCAGAUUUCCAGAUUGAAUAUUGCCUCCCCAAUAAAGUCAGGUUGAGUUUUGUACCCAACGAAGGCCUUCCUGCUUCCAACGCACGCCUGCAGCUCCAUGCCUCACCAAGGUCCCUGUGUGCCCUCCGCUCUGUGGACAAGAGUGUUCUCCUUAUGAAGCCUGAAGAUGAGCUCUCUCCCAGCUCUGUGUAUGACCUUCUCCCACUGAAGGAAAUCCGAGGCUAUAGCUUCAAGAGCUACUACCUGGAAGAAGACAAUGUGAAACCUUGUGUGUCCCUUGAUAACAUUUUAUUAAAUGGAUUUGUCUACAUACCCAUUUCUCCUGAUGGGGAAGGUGAUGCCUAUGACAUUCUCAAGGAAUUGGGCUUGAAAGUCUUCACUAAUAGCAAGAUCCACAAGCCUGAAAUCUGCCAGAAUUACCCAGGACACAUGAUGGAAAGGAGUUACAGUGGUUCUAUCACUGCAUUGAAUCUGCUUGAAGAUUUUGAUGAUGAAGUAAUGGAACACAGGGCUGAUGGCAGUCCUUUGGAGACCAUCCGAAGGUACUUCCCCGAGACGUGGAUCUGGGACACAGUUUCAGUGAACUCUGAGGGAAAUGCUGAUCUCGACGUGACGAUCCCUGACACCAUCACCGAGUGGAAAGCCAACGCAUUCUGCACUUCAGCAGACUCAGGCUUUGGUCUGUCCCCAACAGUGUCCUUCAGAGCCACCCAGCCCUUCUUUGUAGAGCUCACCAUGCCCUACUCUGUGGUGCGUGGCGAGUCCUUCACGCUGAAAGCCACCGUUUUCAACUACCUGACUGCCUGCAUCAGGGUCAGCGUGUCUUUGGCUGAAUCUACUCAUUUCCUGGGUACCCCAGUAGAGAAGCAGGAAGAAUCCUACUGCAUCUGCAUGAAUGAAAGGAAAACCGUGGCUUGGGAAGUAACACCAAGAUCUCUAGGGCAGGUGGAGUUCAUGGUAAGCACUGAGGCCCUGCAGAACCAGCAGCCUUGUGGGAACAUCAUUGAGGAGACCCCAGAGAAAGGGAGGAAGGACACAGUUGUACGACAGCUGCUGGUGGAGCCAGAAGGGACUGAGGUGGAAACCACCUACAACUCUGUACACUGUGCAUCUGAGAAGUCUGUGCCAGAGCCAAUCUCCCUGGUUCUACCAGAGACUGUGGUGGUCGGCUCAGCCAGAGCAUAUUUCUCAGUGCUAGGUGACAUCAUGGGCACUGCCAUGCAGAACCUGCAGCAGCUCCUCCAGAUGCCUUUUGGCUGUGGGGAGCAGAACAUGGUCUUGUUUGCACCCAACAUCUAUGUCCUGGACUAUCUGAACAAGACAGAGCAGCUGAGCGAGGAGGUCAAGUCCAAGGCCAUCGGAUACCUAGUGAGCGGGUAUCAACGGCAAUUGAAGUACAAACACUGGGAUGGUUCUUACAGCACCUUUGGGCCCCGUUAUGGGCAAGUUGGGAAUACCUGGCUCACAGCCUUUGUCCUCAAGUCCUUUGCCCAGGCUCGGCGUCACAUCUUCAUAGACGAGAAGCACAUCCAGGAUGCUUUGGUCUGGCUCACUGAAAAGCAGAAGGAGAAUGGCUGCUUCCACAGUUCUGGGACACUCCUGAACAAUGCCAUGAAGGGUGGAGUGAAUGACGAGAUCACACUUACAGCCUACAUCAUGAUUACACUGCUGGAGAUUCCUCUGCCUGUAACGCACUCGGUGGUGCGCAAUGCUCUGUUCUGCCUGGAGAUGGCAGCAGACAAGGAGGAGAGCCACGUGUACACCAAGGCGCUGCUGGCCUACGCCUUCGCCCUGGCGGGCAGGGAGGAGAAGCGCGGAGCGUUGCUUGGCUCGCUGGAGAAGGAAGCUGUGAGGAAGGAUGGGUCUGUUCAUUGGCAGCGGCCUGGGAAGGAGCCGGAGGUGGAUCUCCCCUACCGUGGCCAUCGAGCUCCCUCUGCUGAAGUGGAGAUGACAGCCUAUGUGCUGCUUGCUCAGCUCACCACACGGCCAGCACCUUCCCAGGAGGAGCUGGCCUUUGCAUCUCUGAUUGCCAAGUGGAUCAUCAGGCAGCAGAAUCCCAAUGGGGGCUUCUCCUCCACGCAGGACACAGUGGUGGCUCUCCAAGCCCUGUCCCUGUAUGGAGCUGUCACCUAUGCCAAGAGUGGAGCAGCUUCCACAGUGAGCCUGCGCUCUGCAGGGGGCUUCCAGCAAGACUUCCAAGUGGAUCCCACAAACCGGCUGCUGCUGCAGCGCGUGGCCCUGCCCCGGCUGCCAGGGGAGUACAGCACGGAGGUGUCUGGGGGAGGCUGUGUCUACCUGCAGACAAGCCUGAGGUACAACGUGCAGCCCACGCAGGAGGAGGCACCCUUCAUGCUUCAUGUUUACACAACCCCAGAGACAUGUGUGGACUCCAAGGCCCACAAGAUGUUUGACAUAGGCAUCAAUGUCAGUUACACUGGGGAGCGCAAUGCCUCCAACAUGGUGAUUGUGGAUGUGAAGAUGCUGUCAGGAUUUGUGCCCUUGAAGUCCUCUGUGAGGAAGCUGGAAGGCCACCCCAGCAUUGAGCGCACAGAGACGAGUGCCAACCAUGUCCUGGUGUACCUGGACAGGCUGAGCAGUGAGACCCUCAGGUUCUCCUUCACGGUGGAGCAGGACAUUGCUGUGCAGGGCCUGCAGCCAGCUCUGGUGAAGGUCUAUGACUACUAUGAGACAGGGGAGUUUGCCACACAGGAGUACAAUGCUCCCUGCACCACCGAGGAAGCAGACCAGAGCAAUCCAUAAGGUGUAUGCACAGUUGCUGGAUCCGCCUGCCUCACUACAACCACCAUCUAUGGAGUGACAGAUGAAUAGUGCCUGCAAAGCUGGGAAAUGAACUUGGCAAAUAAAUUAACUGGACUCCCCAGUGGGUUUGGAACUGUUCAUUCCCAAUUCUGUUUUUCUUGCUGAGCCUCCAAUCACAGCUUUAAUCUGCCUGGUUUCUUAAGUUGAAGGGCAUCCCCAGCCAUGCCUGUGUGCAGGGUAGUAAGGCUGACAAGUCAGGGGGGGAGGGGGAAAAAAAGAAGAUGGAAUGAUUUAACCUGGGGUCUAAUGUGGCCAUCUCAGUGUUACAAGCUCUGAACAUUCAUCUGACAAGUGCUUUUGGGAACAAUUUCUCUCCUUUGGCUUAGAAACCAUAGCUGUGAUGAAAUUGCUGUGGCUAUACACAUCACUCACCAGAAGGCAGCUUGGGUGAGCAGCUAAUGAGCUAAUGCUACAUGAAAGGCAGCCUCUGUGGU